AUGCCAAGUAGUUGAGCCUAGAAACCCUAGUUUUCAAGCAGCCGCUUCUUGAAUAAUCAAUUACAGGUCAAAAUGUAACAUUAGAUGGAAGUGCUCUUCUUGAUUGCCACGCCGAAAUCUUGGUUCGCCGAGGUCUUCAAAGAUUUUUGUACAACGAAAUCAUCAAAUUUGUUUCGCUAACCCAUGAUUCAAUAUUUCGCGAAGGACAUCGUGGAAAACUCAUCCUUAGACCUGGAAUCACUUUUCAUUUAUUCAUUAACACAGCACCAUGUGGAACUGGAAGAGUUAUGGUAAGUCUAAGAAAUUUUGAACUUGAAAAUGAAGACAAUUUUGAAUUUUGAAAUUUUUUAAUGAAAAUUUCGAGUAAGUCUGAUUCAAGUUUUUUGUAACUCAAAACGAUAUAUAAGCCUUAAUAAAUUUUUUUCAGAAAAAAGUGAAAGAAGAAAAUGCAGAAGAAGUUCAUUUGGCAUUAAAACUUCGCUUCAAAAUCGACAAAGGAAUGGGUACUGUACUUGGAAACGAUGACGAAUUCACAGAUCCGCAAACUUUUGAUGGUAUUUUGUUAGGAGAACGGAUGAGAACAAUGUCAUGUUCGGAUAAAUUGUUGAGAACCACUGUUUUAGGUAUGUGAUUGGAAUUUUUUUUUAAUAAGGAGAUUUUUAUUCUGAAAAUUUCAAUUCUAGGUAUUCAAGGAUCUUUAUUGUCACAUUUAAUCGAUCCAAUUUAUUAUACAUCAAUCGGAGUGGCCGAACAGAAUAAUAAUGCAAGACUACAACGGGCGGUGAAUACGAGAUUGAAUGGAUUUAUUCCACCUUUUCCUUAUAAAAAGAAAAAUGUUCUCGUUGGACAAUGUCAGGUACUUUCUUAUUAUUUGAUUUUUGUAAUUGUUGUUCAAAAUGUAUUCUUAUAGAUUGAUGAUACUGAACAAGCUUCUUCGAAUAAUGCAAAAACUACGCCGAAUUCAGUGAAUUGGAAUAUUGCUGAUGGAAAUGUUGAAAUAGUUCGAACUGGUGAUGGAAAAGUUCAUACGAAAGAUUUGACUGGGGUUGAGAUUAUCAAUUCAUCAAGAUUGUGUAAAAAGGAAAUGGCGGAAUUGAUGGUGAAAGUAGGUUUUUUUGGAGAAAACUUGGAAAAUCAGAAGAUUGAGCUCUAAUUUUAGAUCUUGGCUCGAAAAACUUUUGAAGCUGACUAAAAUUCAGAUUUCAAAUCACAAAAUGAUUGUUUUUCCAGGUUUGUAAAAUUGCGAACAUCGAAAUUGAACCAAAUUUGACAUAUGAAAGCCUCAAAAGUGGCAGUCUGGAAUACGAUUCGGCGAAAACUGCAUUCCAAAAAUAUUUACGCACAAAUGAUCUCGGAAUUUGGCAGAAAAAGCCGAGAGAAUUUCAACUUUUCAAAGUUACCUAA